CUUGGGCAAAAUUAAAAUCUUUAAUCAAGUUUUAAGACAAAAGAAAAUUGUCCAUUUUUCUAACAAUGUUUUCCAUCUGUCUCAAAGGCCAGUUUUUCUCUCUGCUUCAUAAUUCCAAGUACUAGGAAAGCAGGUUUUGCUGACUGCUUAUGAGAGACAGAGAGAGUGAGAAUAUACAGGAAGCCUGUACCAAAUAUAUUGGAGCAUAUGGCUAAACGGAAUCACACUACUUCCUUCUUUAUCUAUGUAAGCAUUUGUUAGUGCUUACGAAGCAUUAAUAGCAGUGUUGUACUUGUUUCCCGAGACAGUAAAUCUGAGGAAACCAAAAUUACAGAAUAAGACUACGACGUAAAAUAAACAUCCUCACGAUACUGUGAGAGCUUCUGUGUAUGCUCAAAAAGCAUCAUAAUCAGGUAAGGAAAAUAAGGUAAAUGUGACAAUACUUCAACAUCGUAAUGUAAUUAAUUUCAGAUGCUAUUUUUACAAUAUUUAAUCUUUUUUAGUGGGAAGCUGCAGGAGUUACGCAGAUAGCUAUGUACCUCUGUAAAUGUUUUCUUCUCCCUAUGGUAAAUGCUGUGGAGUAAAACAUUUCAAGUCCUCUGUUUGGCUUAAGAGUAUUUCUAAAUGAUGGCCGCGGCGCAAGGGUUUGGAUGUAAGCAACACUGCAUUUCCUUGUAUUUCUAAAUUUACAGCCCUUGCGUGCAAACAACUUGGCUGAUACGCCAAACAUCCCAGCAGGCCGUAUUAAACAAGCACAGAACGUUUGCCCUGCGAUAAACGCACGGGAAAUAGCGUCGCGGCCAAUACGGGCCGCGGGCAGGCCGGGGCGCCGGGCCCCGGCCGCGGCGAUCACCGGGGAUUACCACAGCAAAAUGGCGGCCGCGCCGUGCUGCCGCCCUCCGCGGGCCCCGCGCUGCAGCGCGCCUGCCGGGCGCCACGGGCCGCGCGCCGCCGGGAAGAUGGCACCUGUCACGUCACGGCGCGCCCGGGCACCCAGCGCGCCGUCCCGCUGAGCCGCUGCUUCCUCCUCUUCCUCCUCCUCCGCCCGGCCAGAGGAAACCCCAGGGGCAUGGUUUUAGCCGCCAGGUAGCUCAGAAACAGUGAGUUGUGCUACAUUCGAGCGCGCAGUUGCGUAAGCGUGUUUGUUACUGCUGGGGAGAAAUCAUGCUGCAGGUUAAUACGCGUUGCUUCCUCGGCUAGAGAUUUAAUUUAGUCCAGAGUGCAGUUAUUGCCCAUAAACAGGAAGUGUCUUCACGUUAUCUGCCGCUGACGCGUUGCCAAAUGUUUCAUGUCUCAAGGGGCUCCGUGUUAAGACAGACAAGUGUCCUGACGUUAACAUGUCGCACCAGGAGCUUGUGUUUUAUGUAACUCGCGCAGAGCUGCGGGACAGCCGCGAUUGAGCCCUGCAGCAGCAGUUCACGUUUAAUGUCGUUGUAAAAGCCUUCAUGUCGUAUGUUGAUUUAAUAAGAAAAGGGGACGGGGCUUCUGCUGCGCGCGUCCAGCUCCACCGUGUGGGCGAACGGUGCGAGGGAGCCCCUGCCUGCGCCUGCCAGCUCCUGCAGCUCCCGGCCUGCUCCUGCCCGUUCCAGCCUCCCCCUGCCCACCUCCUGCCUGCCCUCAGAGGGUCACUGCUCUGUUAAUUAGGUUUCAGACAGGAGCUGGACAAAAGGACGAAACGUUUUGAUGUCGGAAAGAACCGGGUGUGCAGUGGGAAAUGUUGUGGGGGCUUAAAAUUAUUUUUAGAUCCAGAUCAGUUAGGGAGCGCCCUGUCUUUGGGAUGAGAUGGGACUUGCUUUGGUUUUUCGAAGUGGGAAACAUCGUGUAAGAAAAAGCACAAGUCUGCUCUGAGCGCCAGUAAGGUUUUUAAAGGCUGUUUUUCAUGUGAUGAGAAAUGAUCACAGUGUAAAACUAGGAAGUGAGAGAAGGAGUUAGGGAUGCUGAUAAUAGGAAGGAGUUACAACUCAGAAAGAAUGGUUCAUCUGGUGGCCUCAGAGGUCUGCUAAUAUGAACAUAGUAUUCUUUGCUAAAUUUCACCCCCCAGCUGUCUGAAUUAAAAGUUAGAGGAAACUGUGAGACUGAAAAAAUGGUUUAAAGUCUAUAAUGCUUAUGAGGCUAUAACAAAUAGAAAAAGUAAGUAUCCUGCAUUAAUAGGGAAGAAUGCAAGCAGUGAGAGUCUAAAAGAAAAAAAAUGUAAAGGUACUUGUGGAAUCAACGUGUUGCUACUAAGGCUGGAGCACUAACCUACAUGCCACUGCAAGCUAUUAAUCGUUAAGACUUAAUAGGCAUCAUUACAACUUCCCUACAUGCCCGAGGUUAUAAGGAGACUGAUGGGAGGCUGCUUGAGGCGCUCCUGUGUAGCCAUACUGCCCAGAUGGGACUGCGGAAGUGAUUCCAUAAAAAACCUGAGCUACCAUCAUAAAAACAAUGGUUGAACAGUAGGUUUCUGGGUGGGCAAGAAUCAGGAUAGUAGAGCUGGGGGGGGGGAUGCGUGUGGGGUGUGCGUACUUGGUUUUGUUUGUGUUUUGUUUUGUUUAUGAUGCCUAGCCCUAUUUCUGCUCUAGAAUGAAAUAGUGCUCUUUAGGGAAGGGGCACUAUAGUGCCAGAAACAAAACAGAGAUACCCUUCAAAGUAUGUUAUUAGAGUGGAAUGAAACUGAAAAAUUAUGAAACUGAAAUUAUGAAAAUUAUGGAGUAAACAUGUUUCCAUAGUGUCAUGUUGUAAGUACCAGAAAGUAUCAGCAUCUUUAAAAUCCCAGUAAAAGCACAUGGAAUAAGAAAACAGGGAGAACUGUUAUUACAGUUUAUUAAGUAUCUCGCUGGUUUUUAUUUUGCCUGGGUACUAGCAACUGGCCCUAAUGGUUUGGGGUUUUUUUUUUUUCUGUUAGUGCCACUAGCUUGUCUUUCAAAUUUAGGUGACUGAAGUGGAAUAAAAGAGUCUCUCUCAUAUGUAAUGGGGUACACUUGCCUGGCAGUGGAUUUCAAGAGUUUAGCAAAAGUUAAAAACAAUAUUCCUGGAUUGCAGUGAUUAUAUUUGGUAGUUAAAAAAAAAAAAAAAAAUUCAUAUUUGUUAUAUUUGGUAGUUGUUGACUGGCAAAACUUCCUGUAAUCUCUUUGUUUACUUCAAAGUAAUAUAAAAAGUAACAGUAGCUUCUUGUGCAGUGUCCAUGUAGAGCUGGCUGCUUUAAUAUUUAGAAUUAGCAGUGUCAUCUGUGAGGCGUAAGACAAAUUUGUGUUUGGAUACAUCAAUCUCUGAUCUUUCCACUAAUUUUAAUGUUACUUGGUUUCACUUGGCCUGGAGCAGUAUUCCGUUGAUGUCAGCAGAGGUAACAUUAUAGUUUAAUCAACCUACUGACCAUUACACUUAAGUUUCAGAUGAAUGUUUAAAUCUUAUUUCUCAAAGUGAUUCAGCAACUUUUAAUGACAAGUCUUGUAGGUAUUCAUGGCAUACCUGCAAAUAGUAAGGUAACUCCCAAUCAAAAAUUCUGCUGUUCAGAAGCUGAUUAUCCAUAGGUGCACCAAAGACUGUUAAGUUAUACUACAAAAGUACUGCUCAGAUUCAUGAGAAAUUAUUUAUGUCUUGAUUGAGAGUUGAAAGUAUCAAAAUAACACACAUUUGCAUCCAAAAGGAUGGCUUACUAGGCUGAAGAGUUUUGUUGACCAUUAACAGGUCAAAUGGUAUUUACGUAUGUUUUGGGCAACAUUUAUAAAUAAUACUAUAAUUUCUUCCAUAAGUACGUUAUAAAAACCAUACAGAACAUUCCAAUGUACUUUUCAGUGUUUUAAUCAAAAAUAUUUAAUAAUAAUACUACUAAUAAUACAUCUGUAAAGUUUUAUCUCCAUGCAUCUUGGUCUUAGUAGAGCUCCCUUGGAAACUGAAGAGCAGGUUUUCCUUUUGCAGCAUGAACUGCAAAUGGAAUGUAAAAUAUUCCUAAAAUACUUCAUUUAUCUGUGUGCUAGGUAGAGCAUUUUGAUUUUAUAGAAUUUUAGACACAUUUUCAUGAAUGCAAGAAACAAGACAAGUAAAAUAAAAGGUAGUAGAGAAUCAUUAGACAUGAAUAAAUGGACUAUUUGGGAAAUGCAUAGGUUGAGACAGAGAAGCAAAAAGUGUUGGCUCUGAAAAUCAAUUUGGUCUGGAAUUUUUCUGUAUAACUUUCCAAUUAGAUAUAUAGUAGAUGUUUAGCACACAGGAAUAAAAAAAAAAGCCAAAUAGCAAACGAUAGCUUCUAGUACCUUUACACAAGGAAUCUAGUUUGGUGUUUUACUGAGCAUGCCCAAAUAACCAGGACUACAGAAAACUGCAAUCUACAUACACACAAGUAGAAACUGAAAAUUCACUUUUCCUCUCAGGAGGAUAAAUUUUGAAAUAACUAGUUGAAUAAGACGACUUCUACUAAAAACACUUGGAUUUGUAGACCUUGCUUAUAAAUGCCUCUUAGUAUAGUAGUAGUCUGAUAGAUUUAGCAAAUAGCAUGUCAGAUGACGUGUCUUUGAACUAAAACCAGCUGCCUCCAAUAAAGAAACAGAAAAAACACAGGGAAGUUCCUGUGGGGCAGUUCACUGGGAGGUAGAGUUGACAUAAUUUGUUUCCUGUACUCAGGAAAUAACUGUCAAUAGCUCCUGUUGUGAAAUGUUUUUGAAGUCUGGCAGUUGGUUUCUCGUUCAUCACAUGAGCAAGUCAGAUAUAAUCUCAGACGUUGUCAAUGAGAAAAAAGAAUCAAUUAUGGGAUAGUGGCUGCUUGCCUGAAGAAAAGUGUUCUUCUCAGUGUUCCUUCUGUGGAAGACUCAAUGUGCUAGAAACUACCUGCAGUUACAUAUGGGUUUUCAGACCUAAGCAUAUAACCCUGCCUAGCUCCUGUGAAUUUCAGGUUGUUAUUCCAAAUGAAUAUCUCUUAUUUUAAGCCAAAUAAGUGUAAUAAAUGAUAAACUGUGAUAUUAAGAUUUAAAGGCACAAAACAAUGCAGCUAGAUUUACAGCUGCUGUGAGUGACCAGAUCACCAAAAUAAUGCAUGUCAACAUUUCUAUCACAGUUAUACUGAUGAAUUCAUUUCUUGACAUCCAUGGCAUAUAUAAGCAUCACGGUUAUUUUUUUUGUGAAACACAGUUUUGAUUUUUCAGAAUUCUGUGCAUUGAAAAAUUUCAGCCGUUAAACUGUAUUAGAAGUUUGGCCAUUUGCAUAGACAAGACCUUCCUGAUAGAAACGGUGGCCAUGCGGCAAGCGACUUUGGAGACCUCACCUACGAGUGGACGCACUGCAUAGGACCUCCCAGUUGCCAGGACAGGUUCUCCAAAUCCUUGCUGCAACUGGGGCUCCCCAGCAAUUGCAGAUCUGGACGAUGAUGACAGUCAUGUCCCAUUCAAAGGAUCUCAAGGACGACUUUCACAGUGACACUGUGCUUUCCAUUUUAAAUGAACAGCGCAUUCGGGGCAUUUUAUGUGAUGUCACCAUCAUUGUGGAAGAUACCAAAUUUAAAGCCCAUAGUAAUGUGCUGGCAGCUUCAAGCCUUUACUUUAAAAACAUUUUUUGGAGUCGUACUAUCUGUAUUUCAGGUCAUGUACUGGAGUUAGAUGAUCUCAAAGCUGAAGUGUUUACAGAAAUACUGAAUUACAUCUACAGUUCCACAGUAGUUGUUAAGAGGCAGGAGACUGUAACGGACCUUGCAGCUGCAGGGAAAAAACUGGGAAUAUCAUUUCUAGAAGAUCUUACAGAUGUUAAUUUUUCAAGUUCCCCCUGCCCCUAUGCAUACUGUAUUAAUGAAAAAGGGACUGUCAAAGAGGAAAAGCAUGAAAAGAGACAUGAAGACUCCGCUGUGACAAAUGGACCACGCAUUACAAACGCAUUCUCAAUUUUUGAAACAGAAAACAGUUUGUUUUCUCCGCUUGAUUUGAGGGCAAGCUUUAAAAAGGCAUCUGAGACAACACAAGCUCCCAGCAUCAGCCUUGACAGAAGCGACGUCUGCAAAGAUGCUGAGCCAGCAAGUACACUGGCUGAACACUCCUAUGCAGUUUCUUCUGGGGGAGACAAUUUUCAAGGAACACCCUUUCUUGAGCAGGACAGAAGCCCUUCAUACAAGGUGGGUGAAGACCACUAUGAAAAUCUCCAAGCCACACCACUUGUUCAGUCGGGAAAACAAGCAUGUAGUACUCCUAAAACAACCCUGAAGCCCCAAGGUACUGGUUUGGCUGUAGCAAAAGUACCUGCCUCGACAGUAACCACUACAGAAACCCAACAAGAAGCAGUUACUGAUCAGACAAUUACUUCCCUUCCAAAACCUCAAAAUAAAUCAGGAGAUUCGCAUUUACCCAGAGAAGAGGAAAACAAUUCUGCUAACGCCUCUGGAUCCGUGACGACUGUUGUUCCACCCGUUUACAAUUGUAACUGUUGUGCAGAAUCAUUCAAUGACAGGGCGUUACUUACUACUCAUCUUCAGCUCCAUUCAGAGCAUCAGGAAACUUUCAAAUGCAAAUACUGCAGCAAACAAUUUGCAAAUCUAAAUAUACUGGAAAGUCAUGAACAAGUCUGCAUGAGAUCAAGUGGCUUACCAGUUCACAAUGGAAACGAACACAAUUUUGAGGAUAACUAUACUGCUGCGGAUGGAAGGAAUGGAAGUUCAUAUGCAAAUGCAGAGCCUCUAUUGUCUGAGAACAGCAUCACUGAUUAUUCUAAUGCAAACCGCACUUUACCAGAAACAGAUCAUUUGGUUAAAGUUGUUGAUGGGCAGAUAUUAUAUACUUGCGUUGUUUGCAAGCGUAGCUAUGUAACUUUGUCUAGCCUUCGAAGACAUGCAAAUGUGCAUUCAUGGAGAAGAACAUAUCCUUGUCACUACUGCAAUAAAGUAUUUGCGUUAGCUGAGUAUCGCACCAGACAUGAGAUCUGGCACACUGGAGAAAGACGGUAUCAGUGCAUUUUCUGUCUGGAGACUUUUAUGACUUACUAUAUACUAAAAAAUCAUCAGAAGUCUUUCCAUGCAAUUGACCAUCGUCUCUCAGUAAAUAAAAAGACAGCCAAUGGAGGCUUAAAACCAAGUAUGUACCCAUACAAACUUUAUCGACUUUUACCUAUGAAAUGCAGGCGACUGCCUUAUAAGUCUUACCGAAAUUCUUCAUAUGAAAAUGUUCAAACAAGUAGCCAAGUUAAUGAAACUGCUUCUACUAACUGUUUCAUUCAGAGUUCUCUUAGCUCUGAGCUACCACCACUGAAUUUUCAACAUAAUAUAAUAGCAACAAACAGAACUCUUGCCUUGGAUACGUCCUCAUGUAAUAAUGCAGCAGCUUCCACAAACACUCAGAAUUCUUCCUCUUGGGGAGUAGGGAUCUUAAAUUCUGACCUGCAAAGAGACUUUUUCACAGCUGAAAAAAGAGUUUCCACUGCUGCAAAUGACUCUGCUUCUCAAGAGUGUGAUUCCUCAGUUGUGUCUUUAACUAAUGUGACUGAAAACUCAACCUCUGUCAUCAGUUACAGCAGUUCUGCCCCCUCUGUUAUAAUGCACAGUAGCAGAGUUUCAUCAGUUAUAAUGCACAGCAAAACAAUUACUUCUGUAGAAAACAGUAAGGCACAAUCUUCAAAUAAUCUACCUAGUCAGUCUGUAAGUGAUGAUUGUAAAUAUGGGUCAGAUAAUUAUGGGAAGUGCAUAACAAAAUCAAAAACUAUUAAGGAUAAAAAGAAAACACUGCUGUACAACAGAGCAGAAGCAACUGAGGAUUCACAGCACGUUGCAGGAUCUGGGGGGUCAUCUAGCAAAACAACAAAUACUGUCCAAGAAUCAAGUAAAACUGAAACGUAUAUUGCAAAGCCUGCCCUACCUGGAACAUCUACUGACAGCAAUGUUGCACCUCUUUGUCAAAUAACAGUAAAAAUUGGUAAUGAGGCUAUUGUAAAAAGACAUAUAUUAGGAUCUAAGCUGUUUUGUAAAAGGGGCCGAAAAUCUAAACACGAGUCCAAACAGGACAAUCUAACUGAGGAAUCAGAAAUGGAGAUGAAAGAAAGAAGCCCGUCUAGGCUUUAUAGCUCGGAAUGCCUGGAACUGACAGAAAUGUGUGAUGACGUAAGUGACCAGGACUCCAGUGAUAAACCCUGGAGACCCUAUUAUAAUUACAAACCAAAAAAGAAAUCCAGACAGCUAAGAAAAAUGAAAAAGACCAAAUGGAGGAAAAAGCACGGAAGCAAGAACACCAUUAUGGAAAGCCACAGCACUUGCAGUCGAGAGUACGCGCUCAGGAAUGCUCCUGAGGAAAAGGCGAUCAAUCAAGAAGAGAAUGCAGAAAUGCCUAAUCUUCAUUGUGAGCUCUGUGAAAGAGAUCAGUCUUCCACUGCAGAAAUUCAAGAGCACGUACACUGGCAUGGAUCUGCUUCAAAGCCUUACAUUUGUGAAUUAUGCCAAAAACAGUUUCAAAGUCCAUCCACUUUAAAAAUGCAUAUGAGGUGUCACACUGGGGAAAAGCCCUACACUUGCAAAACCUGUGGUAAAUGUUUCUCAGUUCCUGGAAAUCUACAGAAACAUGAACGUAUUCACCUGGGUGUCAAAGACUUUGUCUGCCAAUAUUGUAAUAAGGCGUUCACUUUAAAUGAAACACUCAAAAUACAUGAAAGAAUUCAUACUGGAGAAAAACGCUAUCACUGUCAGUUCUGCUUUCAGAGCUUCUUGUACCUUUCUACCAAAAGGAACCACGAGCAAAGGCAUGUACGUGAGCAUAAUGGCAAAGGAUACGCUUGCUUUCAGUGCCCCAAAAUUUGCAAGACAGCAGCUGCUCUGGGAAUGCACCAGAAGAAACAUCUAUUCAAAAGUCCAGGUCCACAAGAUAGAAAGGAACAGUUUUGCAAUGAAAGCACUAAACUUCUGGAAAAUACACAUUUCCUUGGCUCGGAAGGAAAUGAGGUAAAAAAUACACAAAAUGUAACUCCAGAAGUUAUACUCUGAGUGACAGUUGUGCAGAAGAGAAGAAAAAUUCAAAAGUGUAUACUGGAGAAAAUAUGGAUGCAUUGAAUGGGGAAACAUCUCCACUCAAAUCAGUACCAUUUACUAAGGUCAAAUAUUUAUCUAAAUAUAUCAGUAUAUGCAAAAGAAAGAAAAAUAACACAGAAGAGAAAAACUAGUAUUUGCAAUAAUACAAACUUAAUAUGAAAGGCCCCAAAUUCUUUUGCCACAAUAGACUUCUAAUAUAUAUAUAGAGAGAGAGAGAAAAAGAAAAAAAAAAAAAAGAAAAAGAAUAUGACCAACCACAAUCCUGCUGCUUAGCAUUACAGGAAACUAGUCACUGAACUAUUUUACAGUGCUGUUUUUGGGUCAGAAUCCUUCUAGGCAAAAUAAAUAGGUAGGUUCACCGUGUACUCUGUAGAAGGAGUUUUUGCUGCAGAAACCAUAUAUUGCAUUUUUAAACAAAAAUUAAUAUGUUUAUAAACAAAAUAAUUGUAAUCUAGUGUAUUCUAAAGUGAAGGUGGGAAAUGUUUCAUGAACUUGGGUAUGCUGAAGUACAGUUGAGUUCUGGCGUGCUUUUCUGUAACUCAACCUUUACAAAAUAUAUGCAGGGGUUUAAACCUCUUUUCCUUUCAUUUUUGUAGUUACCAUAAUAACCAUUAAGUCUUGAGUGCUUGUAUGCAAAAUAUUCCAGAUUUAUGAAUAUCUCUCAGACAUUUAAUAAAGAUGCAGUGAAACUCACAAUAGCCAGUCUUCCAAACUGCAUAAAUCCCAGUGUCAAUGGCCUGGUAGAGCUAUUCAGGUGCAUCUGUCUAAAGAAAAUUGCUCUCAUGAAACAACCUAGUGAAAAGAAAUCCUGUAUAUAAGCAUCCACCUCCUGGUGGGUCUGCAACUCCUGUCUUUUAGAAAUAUCAUUCUUCUUGGCAGAAGAGGAGAUUUAGACACAGUCUUCCUCCUCAUCCUGGAAUAAUGCCUGGAUAACAAACAACAGAGCAACCAUAAAUACUUUGAUUUUGCGAAGGGUAGGUAAAUACUCAGAUUCUUCCUUCCAUAUAUAUCCCUGAGGCAAACUCUGUGUAUGAAUAGGGAUAGGGCCAGUUUGUGGGGCUUCUUGUCAUUCCCAUGCCUUAAGUACAGCAUCUCACCUUCAUAUGUCCCUUCCUGGUUGAACCUCAAACCAUGCCAGCAUCUGGCUGCAGGCAGGCUUCCUGUCACAGUAUCUCUUUGCUCAACAGAGGGGGUGCAUAGCAGAGAGGUGCCUGGCACGGGUUGCUGGAGGAAGAGAUAGAUGCUGGUCCUUCAUCCUCCCUCAUCCUGCCACACCAAAAGAUUAGCUUCAGAGUUUGCUAAGAAUCAGAAGAAUAGGCUUCUGAAAGACAUCGCCGAAAUACUACAAGUAGUAUUAUUUUGUGAAAAUAUGAUUAAUUUUAACUGCGAUUAAAAGAUUAAAACAAAAAACAACAAAGGGUGUAUGUCUACAAAUUGCAUUUUAUAUGAUAGGGCUCUGUUGUAAUGUAUCUGCAUUUCCAGUUAGUCAUGUAUGUUCAUCUCUGUGAAGUGUUAAAAAAUUAAGUCAGAACAAAGAUUAGCAAUCCUCAACUUCAUUCUACAUGCAGAUAUGGUACACAGUUUGUUUACUUACUUUGUCUUCUUGAAUAUUUUAAAAGAAACUAUAGGGGUACAAUAAAACUACAAUUGAAAUGGUAAUACAGUAUUGAUUGAAGUAAUAAUGUAGUCCACUUAUUUAUUCUGUCAUUGGUGAAUGCUGUGAACCCCUUGUGAAAUUUUGGGUUCAUGGCAGCUUUGGUUCCAUUUAAAUAAGGAUAACAGAAGAAUAAACACAGGAAAGUACAAUGAUGUUUCAAAGAAAGUACACAAAGAUAUCUGCAAAGUGGACUUGUAUGAUGAUAAUUAUAGACCAAAGCAAAUAAGGUAGAAUAUUUAUAAAUAUAAAGAUAAUUUUACAAAUAUUUUGUAUAACUGUAUAGUUCAUAAGAAAAAUAUUGAUAGCUUGUGUUAGGUUUGGGGGGUUUGUAUAUUUUGAUAAAAACACAAUGACUUUGUAACUCUGUAUAUUCUCUACAGUUUAUAGCAAAGCAGUUUUAAGAUGGCAAUGUCAUGUUUAUAGUUCAAUUGUGGCACUUUUACUACAAGUAACAUGUUGCAGUAAUGAGUCAAGUAUUAAUGACCAAAUUAGAAUUAAAGUAAGUGUAAGAGAAGGUAAA